AAUCACGUGAUAACUUGACAUAAAUCUACUCAAACUCAGCAGAGAUUCUCACUGAAACCGAAGCACAGUUAUCACCUAGUUUUAAAACGACUUUUCACCUGGCUUGUAAAAUACGGGCAAGAAAGGAGGCGUUCAUUGGUGAACAUCUGACAUUGUAAAGCGCAUUAGUUUUGUGGAACUGCAAUUAUACACACAAUGUUGCGUACGGUUGUCGUAGCAUUACUGUGUGUGUUUCUGAACGAAUGCAGUGCUUUGAUAUGUCCUGAUGGGGGAAUGUGUGAAGAUGGAAACACCUGUUGCCAAAUGCCAUCAGGAGGGUACGGCUGCUGCCCACUUCCAAACGCAGAAUGCUGUUCAGAUCACUUGCAUUGCUGUUUUGAAGGCACUCUGUGUGACUUGGAACAUUCUAAGUGUGUGAACAAAACACAUGUAUUAGACUGGGUGGAAAGAGUCGCCAUAACGCAGCAAGCUGUGGUUUGUCCGGAUCAAGUGUCUGAGUGUCGCAACGACACCACCUGCUGUCAGAUGCCUGAUGGGAGCUGGGGCUGCUGUCCUAUGAAAAAUGCAGUUUGUUGUGAAGACCAUCUCCACUGCUGCCCCCAUGAUACUGUGUGUAAUCUGGCUGCCAGUACUUGCGACAGGGCCAGCUAUCAUGGUCCCCGUUUUUCUGUGCCUUUGUUGCGGAAGAUCACUGCAGUGACCCUGCCAUCACAGAAUCAAAACUGCGAUGACACAUCACUCUGCCCAACCGGGGCAACCUGUUGCAAACAAAACACAGGAGCAUGCUGCCCUCUGCCACAGGCUGUGUGCUGUGAUGAUCAGGAGCACUGCUGUCCACAGAACUACAAGUGUGACUUGACUCACAAAACCUGUGUUCGUCCUGGCUUUCCCAGCAUGCCCUGGUUGAAGAAGCAGCCUGUGCUGAGCGUGACACAACAGUCUGAACUAAAUGCUGUAUCUCCAGCGCUGGCUGGUCCAGUACAUAGGCACAUGUGUGACGAUCACACUAGCUGUCCCGGAGACGAUACCUGCUGCUAUAUGAACAAACUCAGCAAGUGGGGCUGCUGUCCCCUGCCAAAGGCGGUGUGCUGUGAGGACAGUGGUCACUGUUGUCCGAGUGGUUACAAGUGUAAUGAGAAGAAAACAUCAUGCACUAAAGCCUACCAUGAGAUCCCCUGGUACAGGAAACAGGAAGCAAGGAUCACUGAGAGGUCAGGGGUGUCAUCUGGUGUCAAAGAUGUGAAGUGUGAUUCUACAACAAGUUGUGCGUCUGGAUCUACCUGCUGUAAAUUACCCACAGGGGAGUGGGGAUGCUGCCCUCUUGUUGAGGCUGUGUGUUGUAACGAUCAUGAGCACUGCUGUCCGCAGGGCUACACCUGCAACCUUGAGUUUGGAACCUGCAUUAAACCCUCAGAUGUGCACACUAUCCCUCUGAUACAAAUACAUAGACAAUUCAAAAUGCAGUCAGAAGAGGUGGUGUGUGACGCAACAACACGCUGCUCUAUCGCACAGACCUGCUGUAGAAUAUCAGACUCCACAUGGGCCUGCUGUCCAUAUAAAGAGGCAGUAUGCUGCAACGAUAUGAAGCACUGUUGCCCUAUGGGAUACAAAUGUGACCCAAAAGUGAAAGGUUGCACUAAAGAAUCCUCACUUACUUGGUGGGAGAAUUCUCUUUAAGUGAAAAAUUCAAGCUGAAAACACAAAAACAGUCAUGUCCACCCACCAUUGACUGACACUGAACCACAUAUACAUACAAGUUGCGUACGUGCACACACAAACCCAAACAUGUUUCAUGCAACAUUGUCUUUUAAGAUGCCCGCUUUGGGAUAAGGGACUAAGGAUCUAGUUUCUUUUUAAAUAUUUAGUUUUUACUGAAAUAUAAAUGUAUAGAAACUUAUUUUAAAGCAUAAUACACUGGAAAAAAACAGUUUUGUUUUUUAGACUCUGAUUGAAAUCAAUUCUGUUGUAAUGAAACUGACAACAAAACUACAGCACAUUUUUAAUGUUUACAAUUCACUAUAAAGACUCAGCCCACUUUUAGUUCUGCAAGUUUCCUAAACUUUGCGUGAGAAAUCCAGAGUACUGACUACAGAAUCAUUAAAAGCAGAACCAGAACAAGAAUUGAUUAUUUGAGGCUGACAUUCUCAAAAAUCCCCAAGAAAGGUUGGUCUGAUUGUUGUUCAAAGUAGCUCAUUAGAAUGAAAUGUAAUUUGGGUAAUUGGUAUUUGAAUUUAAUCAUGAUGUUUUAGUAGGAUGUUGAUUUAAUGUAUUAGAACAUAUUGCUGAAUGCCUUUUAAAUUACCAUGCCAUUACUAAAUUCUGCCAAGAUUUUAAAACCAAAUAUCGCAAUAAGUGAGAAAAGCGACUGUAAUUCAAAACUGAAUGUAUAACCAGUGAAUUGAACCUAAUGCUGUAAGCAUUUUUUUUAAGCUAAUCGGAAAUGUCAGAAACCAAGGUCAGAACCUUGGUGGUUUUAAAGUCUGAUUGCGAAAAGAUUUAGUUUAAAAAUAACAGCUACCGCAUUUGAGCCGUUACAAAAUUGGAAGUGAUUUAACCAUUUCAGUUCUGUCAUUCUUGGUUAAAGCCUCUUGUUGUAUUUAACGUUUUAAUUAAGUAAAAUUACCUGCUUUUCAAUUUGCAAUUAGUGAAGUCAGAAGCACUCAAAUGUGUUUUGAAAGAUUUAUCAAUAUCUGAAAAAGUGUUUAAGGGGAAUUGCAAGUGUCAUUCUCAAUAUGUACUACAACUGCUUACUUUGUGUUUUUUUUUUUUUUCUCAUUUAUUUUUUUGUCUGAUUUGUAUCUAUUUUUUAAUUUACCGAAGGAUCAAGUAAAUCUAAAUGUUGACUUGUGGUACAAUGAUGUCAUAUUGAUAAUUAUACCAGCAAAACAUUGAAAUUAAAUACUUUAA